AUGCCGCCCAAACAGAAACCGCCCCCCAAGGCAUCCUUCAAAGCACGCAAAGCGGCCGCAAGCGCCAAGGCCUCGUCUGACGUUGCGGUUGAGCCAGCCGCUCCGUCCUCACCAUCAUCGGCAUCAUCGUCCCAGGCGGCCCUCGUGGCCCAGCAGCAGCAGCGGCUGCUGACCGUCUUCCAGGCCACCUUCAACGAGGUACUGUCGUCGCCGGACUUUGCCUCGACGCUGCAAGAGGUCAAGACUGCGCUGUACAACCGCGAGUUCGCCCGCGCCUUCGGCAGCGAGGCCUACCUGGACGUCUACGCUGCACGCUGGAGUCCCACGCGGGCGCUGGGGUAUGCAGCGGUGCUGGAGGGCCUGAGGGGCCACCUGGAAGAUCUUGUGUGCGGUGAUGAUGGAGAUGACGAUGACGAUGGUCACGUGCUGGGCGCUGGGAAGACAGAGGAUGUGGGUGAUAAGGCAUGGUCCGGCCAGGCUCGUGGAGGAGAGGAUGAAACCACUGCAUCCACGGAUGCGGGCGAUCAGGAGACGGCGGCGCCCCAGCCCGUAGAGAGGACAGCACAGGCGGAAGCGGCACCGGCCAAGCCAGGAAAGACGCUCAAGAUGCUCGCCCUGGGCGGCGGCGCAGCCGAGCUCGCCGCCUUUGCCUCGUACCUUUCGUCUACGCCCGGGGUGGCGGGCGAGGUCACGCUCGUCGACGCGGGCCCGUGGGCCGGCGCCGCCCGCAAGCUGCAGCACGCGCUCACGACGCCGCCGCCGCUGUCGCGGUACGCCAGCGCGGCGGCACGGGCCCACAACGCGCCGGUAGUGGCGCCGGGGCGGCUGCGGCACACGUUUGCACAGCGCGACAUCUUGACGCUGCUUUCGCCGUCGUCCUCCUCUCCGGAGACCGGCGGCGGCGGCAACGGGAACAUCGCGACAAUGCUGGGAGGCGGCGGCGAGCAGCCGAUGCUGGUGACGCUGCUGUUCACGCUCAACGAGCUGUACACGGACGGGGGCAUCGGGCGGACGACGGGGUUCCUGCGGGCGCUGGGGCGGGCGCUGGCGCCCGGCAGCCUGCUGCUCGUCGUCGACAGCCCCGGCAGCUACUCGGAGGCCGCCGUCGGCAAGGACGGCGCCAAGAAGCGCUACCCGAUGCACUGGCUCGUGGACCACACGCUGCUCGAGACGCCGGCGGCGGCGGCUAAGCGCGCGAGGCAGCGUAGGAUGAUGAAGGAGAAGAGGGGCGGCGAGGAGACGAGUGGCAUGGGCGAUGGGUCAGAGGAGGAGGUGAAGAAGGAGCAGGGGGAGGAGGAAGAAGACGAAAAGGGGCAGGGUGCGGGUGAGGGCGAGGACGAGGGCUGCAGGUGGGAGAAGCUGGAGGAGAACGACUCGGUCUGGUUCCGGAUCCCCGAAGACCUGCGGUACCCGAUCCAGCUGGAGAACAUGCGGUAUCAAAUACACCUGUACCGAGCGGUCCCAGCUACGGCGGGCGGCAACGACCACACGGGGAGACGAUGA